AUGCCCACAAACACAGCCACAGAAGACACAGAAGGCGCGCAGUAUCUGAAGCAGCCCCAAUUCCACAAAAGGUUCACGCUUCCCGCAACAGCAGACCAUGACGCCCUGGAAGUAGGAUACUCAGACCUUGGCUGCCAGCCAACGGCGGAAACUGCGCCACCUGUCGUACUCUUCAUGCCGGGCAUGUUUGCGUCUCGUUUCUACGGCGCCUUGAUGGGCGUCGUGGGCGAAAGAAUGGGCGUCCGCGUCUUGACUGUCGAUCGGCGAGUCACGGAAUUUAGACCCGGAAUAGGCUACUCAACUGAUGUGAAGCUUACGAAGAGAGUCAGUAUCUGGGUCGAGCUCGUACCACAGCUGCUGGCACACCUUGGCAUCCAGCAUGUCUCGUUGAUUUCGUACAGCGCGGGAGUUAUAUACCUACUUAACACACUAUAUAGUUACCGAGACGUUCUUUCGCCGACUAGGCCGUAUGCCGCUAUACUAGCACCCUGGGUAGACGUCAAACACUCGGGGGUCAAGAUGUUGCAAGCCGCACAGCUAGUACCCAACAUUGCUUUUGGUUCUUUGAACAGCCUCAUCAAGGCCAUGGCUACAAUCGUGCCAGCCGUCGGCUCCAGCGUUGGGUUUGUCGGGAAAUGGCUGUCGGAGAGCACACCAGCAUCAGAGUCACGAUCCGAAAUGUCACAGAACCGCCUCCAUUGGCAGAAGACAUACGGCGUCUCCAACGACUUUCUCGACACGAUCCUGGAUGCGUCGCUGGAGGCCAUGUACGCCGAGAACACGGCCGGUUCGAACAGCGAGGUGAGGCAGUGUCUCAAGAAGGAAGGGGACGGCACCUGGGGGGUGUGCGAAGAUUUUGAAGUCUUUGUGCGUGAGUUGGCGGCACGGGAAAGAAGUCGUGGGCUGGGGCCGAAGAUAAGGGUGAAGAUGCUUUUUGCAGAUGACGACCCUAUGAUUGGGGCGGUGGGCAGGCGGUACAUGGAGUCGUGUUGGGAUUGUGAGGGCAAGUUUGGGGAUGUCCUGGAGUUUACUUCGGCGGGUGUUGAGGGUGCUGAUCAUAAUAGUAUUGUGACGUUGGUGGCAGUGUUGGAGGAGAUACUUGGAGAUGUGGUGAGUGGCGAUGAUGCGGCAACGAGUUAA